AGUAGAACACAGGAUUGGACAACAACAGUACAAACAUUUUCAACUACUUGUCUUUCACUCACUCUCUCUCUUCUUCACUCCCACUUGUGUUCUUCCGACCAAAUCUCCGGUUUCUUCUUACACUGGUCGCGCCGCCGCAAUGGCCGUCAACAGCGAAUCCACGCCGCCACCGGUGAUCGGUAAAAUCGGGCCUUACACUGUUUUCAUGACACCGCCUUCUACCCCAAAACCCUCUUCCCCUGACCCAGUUCCAGUUCAUUCCCCUCAGAAACCCCCGACCAAGAUCCUCCCUCCUCCGCCUCAGAUUCAGGUUCCUUCCUCCGCCAAAUCCUUCUCCGAUGGCUCCGUUUCCGGCUUCUUCAGGAACGCUGUUACCAAGGUUCACAAUGCUCACUCAAGUUUGGAUGAUCAUUUGGCGCGUUGGUUCGGGUUGAAUCAGUCUAAGUAUCAAUGGGCUCUUGAUGAUUAUUAUGAGAGCAAGGGAAUGGAAAAAGGAGACGUAAAAGUGAAAGAAAUAUCAAGCAAAGUACAGAGUGUUUGACUUGCCUAGGAUUAAUCAAAAGUGAGGUCUGAAGAGAAGACUCUUACUUUGAGUAUAUUUAUUAUAUACCUUUGUAUUUACAUGUGGAGUAGAACAAAUGCGUCUGAUAUGUCAAGAGUUAUUUGAUCUACAUCCAUUGAUAUGAUUCAAUGGUGUUUUUCCAUCUCCUGCAGUUGAGUCUGAUUAUUAAUCAACCUAUUCUCUGGGGCAGAUGUUUUGUUCUUUUGUUGUAGUUUCAGUCUUAAUUGUUUUGGGUUGGGUACCUCGGAGGUGUUUCUGUAUUUGUACUUGGUUAAGGAAACAAAUUGAUUGUUGCCUUCUGAACAUGGCUUGGAGUGGCAAAUCUCCUAAGCAUUUCUUAUGCUCCAUUUCUAAA